CCAGCCAGAAGAGACUCAAAAGAUGGUUUCCCAGUCUACUGGCAAGCAGGACUGUCCUCUGGACCCUUUGAAAGAGUUUAGCAAUGACUCUGGCAAUAUUGAUGGCUUAUCCAGCCUCCUGAAUUUUCACCAUCCCUGUGGCCAAUCAGAUGUCAAGGUUAGUAGGCAUAAAGCUGCCUGGAUUAACCCCACACAUGCACAGCAAGAGUUGCCAGAUUUUCCUGCCUUGGUGCCAACAGCAGAAAAUAGCAGAAGCUACUUUAUGCGGGAAACUGUCUCUACCUUGUACCCUCCACUGCUGUCACUGGAGCACACCAGUACAAAGGCCUCAAUUUCAAAGGACACUGUGGAUUCUAUGGACAGUUCCUUGGCCCUUGGUGCAAGUAAAAUGUGCAGUGAAAUCUCUCUGACUUCAUCGGAGGAGCAAAAUGAACUUCCAUCACACUGUUUGAAUAUGCCUCUUUCCAAGAUUUUGGCCACCUCCCCACAUCCUGAGACUGGCAGUGAUUUCCUGCUGCCCCAUCAGAUGGCUUCCCAGGAUACAGGUGCUGUUCAAGUCAGUAGAAGAAACACUUCUUUGAAUUCCUUCCCAUUAGAAGCAUUUGUGCUCCCUGCUGAUAUAGAAAAGGAAAAUGCUCACUUUUAUUUUGCAGAUAUGAUUAUAUCCACAAUGGAGAGGAUAAAAUAUAACAUCCUGAGUCAACAGCACACAGAGAACUGGAACACAGAAGAAAGCAGUGGGUUAUUUAUGAAUGAUCAGGCUGAGUCAGAAGUGACUUUUUCUACCAAUAUAAAGCAAAAUUCAGGGUCAUCUACUUCUUCAGACAGUGGCUAUGAAGGUUGUGCUAUGUUACAGGUUAGUCCUGUAGUUGAACCAACUACUCUCUAUGAGACUAUAAAAGAGGACUGCAAAUGCGACUCGAAUGAAUUUGUUAUUCCAGAAUUUGAAAAGUUUAGCAAUGCCACUGAAAUUUAUGGCUGUCCCUACAGCCCCUCUAAGAGGUAUGUGUAUAUGUCCAACUUCAAUUCUCCUGAGCAAAUAGCCAAAGAUUUGUACCAAGUAUUCCACAAAUGCUGCAUGUUGUCAGCAGUUAAUUAUCAGCUGGCAGCUUCCCUGAAUGUAUCUGAUUCCACGGUUGUUAACAAAGAGCAUGGCUUUGAACCCAACACUGCGGUGGUACAGGAUAUUAAAUUAAAGUUGAGGAUGAGAGAGACUGAAGACUGGGCACCACCUAGAUUUCAAAUCAUAUUUAAUGUUCAUCCAUCACCCAAGAGGGACCUUGCAUUAGUAGCCCAGGAUUUUCUCUGUGCUGGCUGUGGAACUCCAAUAGAACCUAAGUUUGUGAAGCGGCUCAGAUACUGUGAAUACCUGGGGAAGUAUUUUUGCCACUGCUGCCACUCCUAUGCUGAAGCCUGCAUACCGGCCCGAAUCCUCACCUCAUGGGACUUCAGGAAGUACCAAGUCAGCAAUUUCUCCAAGCGCCUGUUGGACAUCAUUUGGCACCAACCUGUUAUCAAUCUGUUGAAUGUGGGCCACAGUCUAUUGGGGAAGGUGAAGGAGCUGGAUCGUGUGAAAGAAAUCCAGAAGCAACUUUUUCAUAUAAAGAAGUUGUUGAAGACCUGCAGAUUUGCUGAGAGCACAUUACAGGUGUUCAAGCAGGUGCCCAGCCACUUGACAGAUGAAUACCACAUUUUCUCACUGGAUGACCUGGUGAAGACCAAGAAGGGACUACUGGUGUCCUCACUCAAGUAUGUUCUGAGGACUUCUCUUGCCCAUGUGGCCAGAUGUGAGCUGUGCCAAGGAAAGGGCUUCAUCUGUGAAUUUUGCCAGAAUCCUUCUGUGAUUUUCCCAUUUCAGACUGCAACAUGCAGAAGAUGUUCAGCCUGUAGAGCCUGCUUUCACAAAGAAUGCUUCCAGGCCUCCCAGUGCCCCCGGUGUGUGAGAAAAACAGCCCGGAGGAGUCUUCUGGAAAAUCUGCCUGCCUCAGCCACAUGAUACCCCUGAAGGUUUUGAGGAGCUACACAACGCCAAUGUUUUUGUUAUUGAUUGCAUUAUUUCAGAUAGAGAGUAUUGUAUAAUAAGUACUUUUACUGUAUAUAGUGAAUGUUUAAAGAAAGGCUUUCUCCUCUUUAUUAAGCCUUUGUUUGUUACUGUUUACAGAUGAUCCAUGUUUUUGCUGCUAUUUUU